CUACUUGAUCACUUUCAUCAACAUGUUGGCCUCCUCGCUCUUCGCCCUCGGUCUGGUCGCCUCGGCCACCGCCGCUUCUACCGGCAACUAUACUCUACCUGAUGGUUUCGACCUGAACGCCAUCUCCUCUGGCACCCGCGGUAUGCUAGUAUGCAAUGCCGUGUUCCUCGCCCUCUACUGACUCGCUGAUCCUAGCCUCUUGGUGUACUGCGGAGCGCAACUCUUGCCCUGAGAUUUGUGGUGGAGUCGCUACCAGCAACUCCUGCGAUUCGGUAAGCGCAUAGCCGAACCAAUUGAAAAGAACGAAACGCUCACCAUGUCGCGACAGACUACCUUGGACUUCUCCUGCAUCUGCUCCAACGGCUCUGCCGCCGACGUGGCGCUUUAUGCGCAGACCGUCCCCUUCUUCGUUUGUCAGGCCAAUUAUGCCCAGUGCAUUAGCAACUCGUCCAGCUUGACUGAGGAGGAGCACUGUAAGGACUAUGAGAAGACCUGUGGCACCCUGAACGCGUCGGCUGCCUCGACUACCUCGUCCACCACCUCGAGCGCCACCAGCUUGACCACCGCUACUAGCACCAGCACUAGCUCUGACAAAUCGACCACGGCUACCGGGACCAGCACCUCAAGCAGCACUAGCAGCUCGUCCACGGCCAACGCCGCCGUUCGUUUGGCCCAGGAGCAUGCCACCGGUCUGUUGGCCACCGCAUUGUUUGUGGGACUGCGCCUGGUGUUGUAAGUGAAUGGUGUGAGAGCGAAAACGACCCGAAGAAAAGGGCGUGUUAUAUGCAAGCGGGUCAACACACAUCCACUGAUGGGGACCGUUCGCAUAUUUGAUGCCUGUUGGGGUGGGUUGGAGCGCCGACUCUACCUUCCAUGACAUUUCUCCGAGUCUUUGUAGUGGUAAUAUCAUGUUUCAAGAGGGAAGAAGGGUGAUGGUUGUGGUGGUGGCUGUAUGUUCUACGACUUGAUGUCAAAUACGAUUAUUCCCCGCUGGGCGCCCAUAGGAGCGGUCGAUCCUUGCACAUUAAUUUAAUCUGCUGUUGAGCUGCUUCUUUUCUUUUGAUUGUUGUUAUUGUUGCUGCUGUUGACAUUGUUCGUUGUAUUGCUGAGUUGGUGUAGACGGAGGAGCAUCUUAGGAAGCCCAAGCUGCACAGUCAGUCAACUUAUCGACGGCAGAAGCGGCGCCAAGAGUUUUUCCCACAACGGAAUGG